AUGUCUUAUGCACCGCAAAUGGGAAAUUACCAGUACCAAGACCGCGGCUAUGAAUAUGACCAGGGGUACUCGCCGUACCAUGAUGACGGUUACCAGGACCAGGCGCUGGACAUGCCGUAUGGUCAGCAUUACGGCCAACAAUCAUACGGUCAACACCAGUCGUACGGUCACCAGUCUCCUUACCACCAGAAUCGACAUGGACAUUCCUACGAUGACCUUUCGCUAGGGAGAACCGACCCGUACUAUGCUGACGAGAACAAUAUGCAGCUGCAACUAGCGAGACCACACACGCCACUCCAGCCGCUUCAACAUGGAUAUAGCCAGCAUUCACUAUACCCGACACGCCACCGCCGCCACUCGACUGUUUCCUAUAGUGCUCUCCCACCGACCUAUAUCGACAACGGCACAUUCCAUCCCCCAAGCUCGCUCCACAUCAAGUUCAAACGUAAGAAUGCAUUGUUGGGCGGCAUCUCGCUCGAGGACGCCCAAUCGACCCGCACCAAAUUGUCUGGCAACGACAGGUACACGAUGGGAGACUUGCACUCGGAGUACCGCCAGAUCCGAUUGAGGGUACAGUGGAAUGGCUAUGCUCCCCUGGUUUAUCUCGUGCCACUCGAGUACCACCGCAACCACCAUCGAUGCAUCGAUAUGCAGGUCCUCGGGAGACGCGUCGCUAGAGCAGUGGACCACUAUCUCAACACCAACGGAGUUCCGGUUCCGCCCCACCGCGUCCAACUACACCAUCUUGAAGAGCUCGUCCUCUACGACUCGGUUUCCUACUCUCGAGUUCCCCUUUCUCUCAUGACUGACGAAAAUAAUGACCGUACACCGACCCUUGACGACUUUACGACGAUUCACGAACUUGUAGCCUAG